AUGUCCGACUCUCAUCAGCUUUACGAGGUGGCCGGCCGCGCACUUCCGCUGCCGCCCAAGCGCACACCGCCUCGCUACAGCACUAUAACCCGCUCUGAGGAGCAAGAGUACCGCAUAAUUUCCCGUGCAAACUCUCCCAGUCGCGCCGAGACGCUGCGUGAUGGCAAGAUAAGUCCCGUCCCUGUAGCGUUGCAGCGCGAAUCACAACUCGGAUACCGCGGCCAGGCUGCUCAUCCUCCGCCAGAGGACUCCAAGCACCUGGCUCCACCCACCUUGCAGAAGUACAAGGCGCCAUUGAAUCGGCUGACCGGACCGUCAACGCCGCAGCAGCAGUCGCAGAAGUCGACGGAGCUGGAGCUCGACGAUCUCAGCAGCUGCUUCUCGUCACACUGCAACAGCGCACCAGAUACCAACGCGAAGAUGCACGCGGCAAGCGAGUUCUUGGCUCAGGGCGACUACGCGACCCCUCCCCACUUGAAUAUGACCGCCAUCGUACCAGAAGAGGGUAGCUCCAUCGACAGCCGUCCGUCUCUGAACCGCACCAAAUUUGAGGCGGCAGUGGCGGCGGCAGAGGAUCAGGAUCGCAAUGCCGCUCCCGCGCGGUCCAUCGAGAUGUCUAGGACUUGCCGCAACCAGGCGCCUGCCAACCCACACAGCACCCCGGCUGCAGCGGCGCCGGCGAGCGGCACCCGCUCCACAGCAGCACAGUCCACGUUGUCGCGCUACAGCCAUUCCAAGGGAUACGGAGCGUACAGCGGCGACCCGCGGCAGCAUGCUGCGAGCACCCACGGUGCUCCUCAGAAGCAUCAGCAACAGCAACCAAGGCCACAAGGCGCAGCUGCCACGGACGCUGCGGCGCACCCAGCAGCCGCGGCAGCGAGCGGCAUGGGCAGCAGGCGAAGAGGUGUGCCAUCGCAUGAGCGCUCACCAAGCGAGGCAAGCUCCUACCGUCGUGACAAGCAUAGCGCCCGCAUCGCACCCGUGUGUUAUGUCGAGCAGCACAGCCGCUCCCCGGUCAGAAAUAACAGAGCAGGCCUCCUGUCAUCCCCAGUGCCGGUCGAUCCUCAUCUCACCCACGAGUACUCUCAGCAGAAGAUAGAGGAGCGCCGAGCGUCGAAGUCGCGUGUGGUGCCCAGCAGCCAGUCAACGGCUAUGGUGGCGGUUUCAUCAAACGCGUGGAACAGUAUCCGCACUUCCCGCAACGGCGAAGACCCGCUGGAGAUGAGCGUCCCUAUAGCGGAGCGAGUGAACGUCAUGUCCACAUUGACACGACACUGCGACAUCUCGGCAUCCGUGCCUAUGGGGACGCUGGAGGGCACGGAGCUGCUGCCGGGGCUGCCCCAGCUGCAGGGGCACCGCAACGAUGACAAUGCCGAUCGCCCCUACCGCACCAUUGUCCGCUUCAUCGAGUAUCAGCCCCAGGGGGAGCGACCCGGAUUGGAAGAGAUGCUGGUCAGCUACUCCGGUCAUGAGGACGUGCUGUGUUCCGCCUUGGGCGAAGCGUACGGCAACGACUUUGAGAUGCUGAAACUCGUUUGCAGCCGCACACCGGCGGUUCCGCUCUUGGCAGAUUGCCCUUCUGUCGACAAGCGCGCCACCGCCUCAUAA